AUGAAGCCUCAAGGAGCUGAUGAGCAUAUUUUGAAGUUGAAAGCCUUCCCAUUUUCGUUGGCUGACAAGGCAAAGCAAUGGCUCUACGAGUUGCCUAGUGGACGAAUUACUUCUUGGGGAGACAUGAUGAAGGAGUUUCUUGAGAAGUAUUUUCCUACAUCUCGCAUCAUCAUGUUAAGGAAGAAGAUAAGUGGCAUCCAACAAGGGCAAGAUGAGUCCUACGCAGAAUACUAUGAGAGGUUCAAGUCUCUUAUCACUCAGUGCCCUCAACAUGGCAUGAAGGAUGAGACCUUGCUCACUUGUUUUUAUGAUGGUCUCACACCUUUGGAAAGAGAUAUGCUAGAUGCAGCUUCUGGUGGAUCUUUUGUUGACAAGGAGCCUGCGGCUGGAAUGAUCCUUAUUGAGAAUAGGGCCUUGAAUCAACAACAAUAUGGGAACUCUAGGUCCAAGAUCACCACCACACGUGAAAGGGUCCAUGAGGUAAGUACUUUAGCUCAAUUGGAAGAGAAAAUUAACAAACUUACUACUCUUGUGUCUCAGGGAGCACAAGGACAAGUCAUGGUGUGUGGAGUAUGUUCUAUGCAAGGGCAUGUGUCUGACCAAUGCCCUCAACUCAUGGAAGGUGGAGGACAAGAAGGUGUCAACGCCAUAGGUUUCCAACAAGGGUUCCAACGUCCUAGGAAUGAUCCAUUCUCGAAUACUUACAAUCCUGGAUGGAGGGACCACCCUAACUUUCGUUGGAAGGACAAUGACAACGUUCAGAAUGCACCUCAAGGCUUCCAACAACGUCCUCAGGGCUUUUAUCAAAAGUCCCAACCUCCUAACCCUACUCCUUUUAAUUCGAAUUUUAAUUCAAAUGCUUCUUCUUCUUCUAAUGAUGAAUUGAUUCGAACCCUAACUAAAUCUACUCAAGCUUUAAUUGCAGGUCAAACUCAUCAUGGGAAUCAGAUCAAUGCCAUAUCCACGGAUGUGAAUGAGAUGAAGAAGCAAAUGAGUCAAGUUGUGGAGUUUAUGGGUAAGUUCCAUGAGCAAGGAAAGCUACCAAGUGGUACCAUCCCAAAUCCUCACUUUGAGCAAGCCAAAGUCGUCACUACAAGGAGUGGUAAGACCCUUGUAGACCUCCCUAAGCCUCCCAAGAAGAACUCAACGUCAACAUUAGAGGAGGAAGAGGACCCUGCAACGUCCAAGGCUCAAGUGACGUCUCCACCUUCCAAUGCAAAACCGAAACCUCAAGGACAAGUUUCUAACUCUUUCAUUUCGGUUAUUGCUAAUCCAUCUUCUUCUCCUUUGCCUUUCCCAAGCAGAUUUGCUAGAUCCAAGCAAGAUGACGCUGAAAAAGCUAUCUUGGAAACCUUUAAGAAAGUGCAAAUCAACAUCCCUCUCCUUGAGGCCAUCAAGCAAAUUCCUAAGUAUGCCAAAUUCUUGAAGGAACUUUGCACCACAAGGAGACAAAACCGUGAGAAAGAAGUGGUUAGGGUAAGUGAGAAUGUCUCAGCUGUGCUUCAACGCAGAAUGCCAGAAAAGUGUAAGGAUCCAGGGAGUUUCUCUAUCCCUUGUGUUAUUGGAACAAGUAGAUUCGAAAAUGCUAUGCUAGACUUAGGUGCUUCUAUCAAUGUCAUGCCUUAUUCUGUUUAUGAAACUCUAGGUCUAGGUGAGCUUAAACAUGAUAAUGUUAUUAUUCAGUUGGCAGAUCGAUCUAAUGCAUACCCUAAGGGGUUAGUUGAGGAUGUACUUGUGCAGGUUGGUGAGCUAAUCUUUCCAGCUGGCUUCUAUGUCCUUGAGAUGGAGGAAUCCCCAAAGAGUGGAACGCCAUUGUUGCUAGGCCGCCCCUUCAUGAGGACGGCUAGGACUAAAAUAGAUGUUUAUUCUGGCUCACUAACAAUGGAGUUCGAUGGCGAAAUUGUUGGCUUCAACAUCUUUGAAGCAAUGAGGUAUCCUUUGGUUGAUUUUUCAUCAUGUUUUUCUAUUGACAUUCUUGAUGAACUUGCGCAGAAAUUCAUGGAGAUGAUGGAUGAGGAUACUUUGGCUUCAACCAUUGCCAAUGGCGUUGGAAUCUUCAGGAUGACACAACCAUCCCUAAGGAGGAGCUCACGGCCAUUCAUAGUGAUUCCAUAA